AUGACAUGCUAUGCUCGCGAUUCCACAUGCACUCUCUCCCACAUCGACAUCGCUCUAUGCUCGCGAUUCCACAUGCACUCUCUCCCACAUCGACAUCGCUCUCCUAGAACCGAUACUUGCUCGCCUCGGCUACAACAAUCUAGCCAUGGCGUAUGUAAAUCCCAAGUUGAAAGGCUUCUUUCUGAACCCCUUUCCUCUCACCUGUUGCGAUUCGACAUUCAAGUUGUUGUGGCAGAGAAGCUUCAAGAGUUGGGGUCGAGGAAUUUCUUCCGGUGCCAGAGAAAAGCGGCGACCGAAUUUGGUAGCGGUGGCGUUAUAUCGCCGACUCCGCCGCCGUGCUCGUCGUCUUCCUCCUGUUCCAACGAAGUCGAGAAGGCAACGAGGAGUGGGUUUCCGUGGCUGAAACGACGGGGAUUGAAGGACGCCUCAAUCGUAGCUUUCAGAUCGGAGUCGUAG